AUGUCACACCACGUUGAGCCAGCAAGCGCAGCAAGGGACCCAGAUUGGACCCAGACAUUGCCACGAGGGACUACCCAAUGCGAGAUGCGCGGCCCGGCAUCGGCAGCCAGGGUUCGAAAGCACCAGGCCCGCAGGCCGGCCUCUGUAGCGGGCGCUUCCAGUAGCGGGUCCACGCCUGCCAGUUUCACGUCUGCCACAUGUGGCAAACAAAGAAACAGAGCAUCGAGCUCGGGUUCUCGCACGGGCAGCUCCGAGGGGGCGAGUGGUUCUGCCACUGGCGACGAAUACCAGCAUGCCGGCGGCAGCAGCAGCAGCAGCAGCGGCGGCGGCCCCGCCACCACCACCACCGCCUGGCCGAUGGAAGGAGUCCGCAUCAGCGAUGUUACGUGGCCGGGGCAGCUACCUGCCCGCCGUGAACUAGUGCGGCGGCGCGGCGUCGAUGCCUCUAGGCUCUACCACGCGCUGGAAAAUUCUAGGCCCGAGAGGAUCCCCGAGCGAAGUCAUGGGGGCGAUAUGGAAGACGCAAAGUGGGCAUGGACGGCGUGA